GCGGAAAGAGCUGAAGAUAGAGCAAGAAUUGGCUCAGCGGUUAAGAGGGGAUGACGAACGAACCGAGGCACAAAAACAGCUCACAUACAACGAUCACCUGAGUGACUCAUUCUUGGACAAGAUAAAGGCCGAAGAGAUGCGCAAGCAGAUGUUCAAUGGCGACGAGGUUGAGGAGGGUGAGUACUGA